AUGGUCAAAUGCGAGAAUCCAUUUCACGACCAUUUCUUCGUUUUCUACAUAUUCUUCGGCUCUAUUCUUUUGGUGUUGAAUUUGCAAACGAUGCUGGUUAUUCGAAGAUCGAAGUGUCUGUGGGCUCAUUCCGCUUAUCGUCUCAUCUUCUUUAGUUCCGCCGCUGAUGCUGUGAAUUGUGGAGUUCAAGUCGCUGCAGUGGCCAUCACUCUCCGCACUCCUGUCAUUCAUCCAACUUUAAAUUCGUUAUUGGGUGCACUCUUUCACACGUCUUAUGCUAUGGGGUAUCCAACUAUUUUCGUCCUCGCCUUCAAUCGGUUCAUCGCAGUGGUUUUCCCAAAAAAGAUGGAUCUUGUAUUUGACAAAAAGAAGACAAUGUUAUUGGGUGCACUCUUUCACACGUCUUAUGCUAUGGGGUAUCCAACUAUUUUCGUCCUCGCCUUCAAUCGGUUCAUCGCAGUGGUUUUCCCAAAAAAGAUGGAUCUUGUAUUUGACAAAAAGAAGACAAUGAUAAUUUUAAUUUUGUGCUGCGUUUUUGGUGCUUUCACUGGCGCUCUCUGUCCUUCUGGAGAAAUUCGAUCGAUGUGGGACCCCUAUAUUCCAAAAUUCUAUUUCACAAAGACAACUCAUCAGAUCUGUGCGCGUCGAGCUUCCGCUCCUGUUGCACUCUUUCCAGAUAUUUACGCUGUCGGGAAUCUUGCUUUAUUUAUGGUCCUAUCCCGUUUCUGA